AUGUCCGGGGUAGAGGUGGUCAAGAAAAUGGGCUCCAGUCUCUUUGAAAAGUUCUCCAGACAUAUUGACCUGGACUUGAUAUGUCGUGAACCACUCAAAAAGGGCCGAUUCCAUGUUCGGAUACCUGACUGUCCUCUGGCGCUUGGCGUCCAGAACGCUUGA